AUGGCCACCUCAUCACCUUCCCCACCCACACCUGUUCCAGAGCGGUUACUAACUAUUCUACAACAACUUACCAAUGAGGAGUUGAAGACAUUUCAGUGGUACCUGAAGCAGUCUGUUUUGGAUGGCUCAUCUCCCAUCCCAGUUAGCAGGCUGGAAAAUGCUAAAAGAGAGGACACAGUGGAUCAGAUGGUGCAUAGCUAUGGGGAAGCUGGUGCUCUGGAGAUCUCACACCAUAUUCUGCAGAAGAUGAAACGGAAUGAUCUAGCUGGUAAGUUAAAGACAGACUGUAAAAUAGCUCAGGAUUCAUACUGUAUGCUUGAGCCUUUAAUCAUUUUAAAAUGCAAAUUUGAUUGAAACCAGACAUGUUUGCCAACUUGGAGGGAAAGAGUUGUUAUGGAGGGAAUAUAUUUUCUUUAAUUGCAGCACCACUACCUCCUUCUUUGGAGGACCACAUUAUCAUACAUUAUUUAGUCCCUCCAAAAUAAAACAAAUGCAGACCUCAUUGACUGAUCAAUACAUCAAUUAAUAUACAUGUUGCUUUGUCUAGGUCCAAUGUCAGGGACAGACCACCAAGCCACAGCAGGAGUAUCAGCCACACCACCCACACCCAGCCUGAACACAAGCACUGUACCAGUUCAGGAUGUUCAGGAUGCUUCUGCAGAUCUCUCCAACCACACUGAGCCUGGAGACCAUGUUAAGGAACAUACACUCACUGCUGUUAACUCUACAGAUUAUGGUAAAUAA